UUUCUUUGAACAGCUACGUCAUAACACUGCGACGGCGUAGCUGUUCAAACAUCAUCAAACAUGGCUUCUAGAUUAGAAAUAAAUUUUAUUAGAUUGCUUUCUCGUUGUGAAUCUAUUGCUUCAGAUAAACGAGGGGAGGCGGAAUGGAGACUGGAGAAGUAUGUGGCUGCUUUGGAGGAGAUGUUGGUUGCACUGAGGAAAAACCCAAGCAAACCAACGCCAGAGGUUCUGACAGAAUAUACAAGAAAAGUAGAUUUUUUAAAAGGACUUCUUCAAGCUGAAAAACUAUCUUCACCAGCUGAAAAAGCAUUAGCUAAUCAGUUCCUUGCUCCUGGACGCACACCAACUAUUUCAAAUGAGAGGAUGUCUGCCACUAAAACUGUCCACAUGCAGACCAAAGCCCGAUGCACAGGAGAAAUGAGAGCCGAGCUGCUCUCCACGAAUUCACCUCUGAAAGGUGCAACUGAAACCGAACUGCGAAACCGAAAAGGUCUGUCAGUGGAUGAACAUCAGUCUGCAGCAGAGCUUGAUGCUGUUCUUCAGCACCAUCAUAACCUACAGGAGAAAUUGGCUGAGGACAUGCUCAGUCUGGCCCGAAACCUGAAAAAUAACACACUGGCUGCACAGAACAUUAUCCGCCAGGACAACCAGACAUUGAGCCAGUCCAUGCGUCAAGCUGAUCUGAACUUUGAAAAGCUUAAGACUGAGUCUGAACGACUGGAACAACACACAAAGAAAUCUGUGAACUGGCUGCUGUGGCUCAUGCUCAUCCUGGUGUCUUUCACCUUCAUCAGUAUGAUCCUCUUCAUCCGAAUCUUCCCCAGACUCAGAUGAUGACCAUCAAUCAAUGCUGGACUCUUGUAUUUAACUUCUAAAAAACUACAACAACUCACCUGUAUACUGAUGAAGUAGCCCUGUUGUAGCACUGGGUGGAUGGACACACCUGGAAAAGAAUUCAAAUCUUCAUAAAUAAUUUUGCUGUAAUUAUGUGAUUCUCUAGAUGGUAGUAUUUAUGUUGGUGAAUCAGACAAAAACUGUAAUUGGCUUUGUGAUACAUUUAUUCUCAAUGCAGGCCCAACAACAAAAGCUAUAAAAUCAUCCACACAAACAUGAAUAAAAUCAAAUUAACAUUUCUGUCAA